AUCGCGAUUGCCUAUAUCACAUAUCGAAUUAUCUCGCAUCUCUGGCACCCUCUAUACAAGUUCCCUGGACCAUUCCUCGCAUCUUUCAGCAGUAUUCCUCAUUGCCUAAGUUUUCUUGGAGGCAGACAGCCAUAUGAUCGCCUUGCUCUCCACGAAAAAUAUGGACCAGUAGUCCGGACUUCGCCCAAUGAACUCUCAUUCAGUAGUUCUCAGUCAUGGAAGGACAUUUAUGGCUCCAGAGCAGGACAUCAACUCUUCCGCAAAGCCCCUUUCUAUGAAGGUGCAAGUUUUGAUGGAAAGACACUUUCGAUCAUCAGCGAGACCGAUCCGGCAAAUCACAAGAGGAUGCGAGCGCAGCUUAACACUGCUUUCUCCGACAAGAGUCUUCGCGAACAGGAAAGUUUGAUCACCGAGCCUAUCGACCUCUUCAUCGAUCAGAUAGGAGAGAAGGGUGAUUGCCCGGAAGGCAUUGAUAUUGUUAUGUGGUUCAACCUGAUGACCUUUGAUAUCAUCGGAAGCUUGGCUUUUGGAGAAUCCUUCGGAGGACUGGAGUCGGCCAAGUUUCACGAAUGGAUUCAGCUGGCUGUUGGGUCCAUGAAACAAGGAGCGCUGGCAGAUUCUCUGGGUCGCUAUCCUAAGAUUGCAGCUAUCAUCAAGAAGCUCCUUCCUAGCAUGAUUGACAAGAUUCUUCAGGACACUCGCAAGCACGAAGCACACACGAUGAAUCUUGUGAGAAGACGUUUAAUGAAAGACUCGGACCGGCCAGAUAUCUUGACGCGUAUUAUUGAGGAACGCGAAGCAAACGGCAUUUCUGAUACGCAAAUCGCCGCUCACUCUUCCGAUUUCAUUGAAACGACUGCGACCACACUAUCAUGCGCGACGUAUCACCUUCUACGCGAUCCCGAGUUGUACGACAAGCUACGAGAAGAUAUCCGCAGCGCUUUCCCCAGCUACGAGCAGAUUAAUUCUGUGUCGGCUUCGAAAGUAAAACUUGUCAAUGCGAUCUGUCUCGAGGCUAUGCGCAUGUACCCUCCGCUUCCAUUCGCUCUACCUCGGGUGGUUCCUCGGGGCGGUGAUACCGUCGAUGGCCGUAUAGUCCCUGAAGGUGUAAGUCAAAAGUCAUGCGGCGACCCACUUUACCUGUACUUUGGAGCUGAUGAUAUUUGCAAAAACACAGNNAUCACCGUAUCUACGAACCCGUUCGCCGCAUCCAUGUCCUCCGUCAACUUCAAAGACCCCUUCAAGUUCUCAGCAGACCGCUGGUUGGGUAAUAACGAAGAAGAUGAUCUGGACGCAACUCAACCUUUCUCAUGUGGUCCGCGCGCUUGCAUGGGACGAAGCUUGGGAUGGGCAGAGCUCAACAUCACAAUGUGCAAAUUGCACUACAAGUACGAUUUGGAACUUGUAAACACUGAUCUGGACUGGUUCAGAGACUCGAAGAUGCAUAUUGUGUGGCACAAACCAGCGAUCAUGUUGCGCGUGAAACCUCGUUCGUCCUAA